AUGACGAAGAACCUUAGAAUAUUGUUGACGGUAUAUUGUGCUAUAUCUGCGUACAUUGAACCAGUUACAAGUAUUGGAGCAUCACUAGACUGUGACUUUGAAAACGGCGAUGCAUGUGAAUGGACACAAGUCGGUGACGACGACGAUGGCGGCAACUGGAAUUUUACACAGGGUGCAGUGUACCCUAUAGCGAGCUCGGGACCAUCAGCUGACCAUACAUGGCAAACACAAGAAGGAUGGUAUGCAUUCGUGGACUACAGUCCAGACCAGACCACACAGUCACCACAGCUUAAGAGUCCUACUAUACGCAAACUACUAACUGGUUCAUGUUUAACAUUCUGGUACCAUAUGUACGGAGAAAUGCAAGGAACGCUCACAAUCCUAGAUGACUCAAAAAUUCUGAGCAAAAUAGAAUCUGUGACUGGCAACCAUGGUUCAACGUGGAGAUACAUGCAGGUGUUUGUAACAAAUGAGAUAGAACACGUGACCAUUGAGGCCAGUGGCAGUGAAGACACAUUGGGUGUUAUAGCUAUCGAUGACGUAGUGAUGUUGGAUGGACAAUGUCCAUCACUGAAGUUCUGUGGCUUUGAGCCUGCGUUGUAUGGGGAGUGCGAUUAUGACGUUGGUGGCGAAGACUUGCCAGGACGCUUCAAGUGGGAGAUGAAGGAGGCUGACAAGCACAAGGAAGGACCAGGAUAUGACCAUACUUUAGGAAGUCAAUAUGGAAGCUAUAUGUUUGCUAGUGUGACAGCAGACGGUCUGGCAGGGACACUGAAAGCACAAUUGCGUAGCCCUACCUACAGUGAAUUCGACACUUUGAAGUGCUUAACAUUCUGGUACAAUAUGAUAGAGGAAGAUGAUGGAGUGCUCUCUGUGUACGUAGAUGACGGUAACUUGUUUGAUGACCCAUGGGAAAUCUGGACCAUGGACUCUGUAACGCACAACAUAUUCUGGAACAUUGGCUACGCCGAAUUUACACCAUCUGCAGCCUAUGAGCUGAUAUUCGAGUUCGAAGUCGAUCGCGAUAUGAUAGGAAAUACUUAUUAUUAUGACAUUGCAGUUGAUGACAUCAUGAUAUCAGAUGGAGAGUGCAAGGAUGUGUCAGGUGAAGUAUACCAACAACUUUUGGAUGAAACUGUUGUGCCUGUGUGGUCCAUUGAAGGUAACCAAGGAGACGAGUGGAAUAAGGCUUUGAUUGACUUGAAGGCAACUGCCGACUACAGGAUCGUAAUCAAAGCUAAGGUCAACGUAACAUUCUCAAGUGAUAUUGCAAUUGAUGAUAUCCAACUACUGAACCAAGCUUGUGAACAUAGCACAACGCUUAUGCCGACAACGACUACUGUCACUUCAACGCCAACGAAUGUUGCCACUUCAACACCAACUCAACGAACUACUGCAUCAACAGGCAGUACUAACACUGAUCUGCAGACAACGGCGAUACCACCAUUACAAUCAUCAAUCAUGACAACACUUCGUAUUGUGGAUCCAUCUUCUACACGUGUAUCAAAAGAGACGGAAAUUCACACUUUUAGUACCACUGAUGAGGCCACCAUUACCCAUUAUUUUACUGGUCAAACUACCAAGUUACUAACUGAUGCACCAAUAAAUCCAACAACAGACGGAGGUGCCCGGUCCACUUUGAGGUCAACUGUAAACAAACCAGUAAUUACUACCAGUGAAUCUCCAAGCGACGGAACAAUAGAAAACACAAUAAGUCCAAUAAUAUCUACAAAUAUACCUGUAUCAAAACAGACGGCAAAUUCUACUCAUAGUACCACCCAUGAUGCAGUUACUCCACCUUACAUUAGUGGUCAAUCUACCAAGUUCGAUGUACCAAUAAACCCAACAACAGACGAAAGUGCCCAGUCAACUUUGAGGUCAACUAUAAAUAAACCAGUAAUUACUACCAGUGAAUCUCCAAGCGACGGGACAAUAGAAAACACAAUAAGUCCAAUAGUAUCAACAACUAUACCCGUAUCAAAACAGAAGGCAAACUCUACUUAUAGUACCGCCAAUGAUGCAGUAACUCCCCCUUACAUUAGUGGUCAAUCUACCAAGUCCGAUGUACCAAUAAACCCAACAACAGACGGAGGUGCCCAGUCCACUCUGAGUUCAACUGUGAAUAAACCAGUAAUUACUACCAGUGAAUCUCCAAGCGACGGAACAAUAGAAAACACAAUAAGUCCAAUAAUAUCUACAAAUAUACCUGUAUCAAAACAGACGGCAAACUCUACUCAUAGUACCACCCAUGAUGCAGUAACUUCCCCUUACAUUAGUGGUCAAUCUACCAAGUACGAUGUACCAAUAAACCCGACAACAGACGGAGGUGCCCAGUCCACUUUGAGGUCAACUGUAAAUAAACCAGUUAUUACUACUAGCGAAACCCCAAGCGAUGGAACAAUAGAACAAACAACAAGUCCAAUAAUAUCUGCAACCAUACUUGUAUCAAAACUGACGGGAACCUCUACUUAUAGUACGACCCAUGAUUCUACCACCAAUUCUUACAUUACUGGUCAAUAUACUAAGACACACACGGAGGUACCAAUAAAUCCAACAACCGAUAGAGAAGCCCAGUCCACUUUGAAAUCAACUAUGAAUAAACCAGUAAUGACUACUAGUGAAACUCCGAGUGACGGAACAAUAGUAAAUACGAUAAUAUCCACAACUCAACCAGUGUCGACAUUUACUACAGACCCUGAGUUUAGUAUCAGUUAUAGCAGCCCCACUCAGAAACAUACUACAGAUCGUCCACCCGAGUCAACCAGCGACGUACCACUGUUUAUGUGCGGGGAUAACAGUACAUACAUUCCAUUGUCUGAAGUGUGUGAUUGGAAAGACGAUUGUCCAUAUGGUUCUGACGAGUUCGACUGCGGACGUUGUUCGUUUGAGGAAGGAUCGUGUAGGUAUGAGGAAACUAGUGUUGGUUCGUAUCACUGGAUGGUUACUAAUGGAAACAGUCACUCGGGUCCUCUCCUGGAUCACACUCUCAAUUCCCCAAACGGGUAUUAUCUUGUAGCAGACGCUUUCAACACCGACGACGCGCGUGGCAACUUUAGAAAAAUGUCUCCUGCCACAGUAGAAACGUCAUAUCUUGGAGCAUGCAGUUCGACUUGCACUUUAGUGUUCUGGUAUUUUUUAAGUCAAUCAGAUGGCUUAUUGACUGUAUACACCAUGCAAAAUAAUCUGCGAACGCGAGUGUGGCAAAUGAAUUUUAAUGACACUGAGAUAGGAACGUGGAGUAGCGCCCUCAUACAAAUAGGUCGCAUACAAACUAAAUACAAGCUAAUUUUCGAAGCAGUAUCACCGUCAGGAUUUGUUGCUGUUGAUGAUAUAUUAAUGGUGGAUUGCGGAUUCGAAGAAUCCACAGAUAAUUGUAUAUCCGGAAAGUUUCACUGCUUGUCUGGCGGAUGUAUAUAUAUAAACCAAGUAUGCGACUUGACAGACGACUGCGGUGAUGCGUCUGACGAAGACACCGAACUUUGUGGAACUCACGACUCAUGUGACUUUGAAGAAGAUUUAUGCCAGUGGAUGAACGACCCAUCUGGCGAGUAUGAUUGGCGGCGUCACCAAGCGUUGAAUUCUACAAACGGACUUGGUAGAGAUCACACCAAAUGGACUAGUGAGGGCGUUUUCAUGUUAGCUGACCAUUUCGCCAGCGACGUGCCGACUGUUGCAUCUCGGCUUGUCACCAGUGUGGUGUUUUUAGCAACGACAUCUUACGAGUGCAAGAUACGGUUCUACUUUUAUAUUUAUGGGACACAAUCAGGAAAAUUGUCUUUAUAUAUCCAACCUGAAACUAACGACGAUGAGAUGAAUGCCAUCAUAAAUGUCUGGACAAACGUGGGAGACGUAGGUCAGUAUUAUAAGAAAGCUGACGUAACGUUAGUUCACCACCACGACUUUAAGUUAUUGAUUCAGAAUUAUUUUAGCAUUGUAUUAACAUUUUAUGAAAUUUACUGUUUUUUUAUUUACCGAAAUGCGCUAGCUGGCACUGAGAAAGACAGCGAAGUAGGUAUCGGAUUGAUCGUGCUGGCUUCAGUGCUGUUAUUUAUAGUAAUUCCCAUUAUACUUGUCUUAGCCAUCUGUCGAAUAUGUCAGAGCAAUAUUUUCAAGAAAUCUGCAGUAACACACACAACCGGUGACAAAAUACAUGCAUACGAUAACGACGUGUACGAUGCCUAUGGAGGAAGUCAUGUCACAGACACGUCAUUACAGAUUCAGACAAGACCGUUUAACCCAGAUGUGAAAAGCCGUACCGAGACUGACGAUCUCAAAUAUACCAACUACUGGUUGCCCAUAGACAAUAAGAAAGCACCAAGUGUCAAUAUAUAUAUUUAA